UCGAGGUUGAAGGAAACUAUGGCGACGGGAAAUGAUUGUUCCAAGAUGGCCCAACUCAACAACGAAAUCAAAACAAAAUCUAAUUUGCUACAUUGACGGUAGAUUUUUCAGAUGAAAAAUAGAUGAAAUGGCUGACAAUAGAGAGGAAUUGAGAAUCUCGGAAUUAUUAGACGUAUCAAAUAUUUCGAUUGAGGACCUCCAGGAAAUAUAUUUUGCAAGCAGUAGGUCAGAGAAAAGAGAAAUACUGCUCACAAAACUUGAAAUUCAAGAUAUAUGCGAGGAAUCAGAAUUGAGAAAGGCCAUACUUCUAGAUUUCUCUCUCGAGGCUAUAAUUUUUGCAUCUGGCCAUGGAUUUUCUUGGAAAAGUACACAGAGUGCGCUUGCUUUUCUUGUGAAUCUUCUGGAAAAGACAGCUUUCAAAGGGUUAUGCCUCGAAGACGCAAUCAUUGUAUUCAGAUCUAUGAUACAUGAAAUUCAAGUAAAUUUCUUGGCUGGUGAGAUGAAGGCUUUAGUUGACUACACUCUGCAAACAUUGUUUCGUCAUUAUAACCUUUACUUGUUUUGUAUGACAAAUGAUCAGGAGAUUGACCUCAGGGAGGAAUCUUUAGAAGUAAAGGUCCCCAUUACACCAGAACCUCUUACAAAAGGAGUUGAAUUGGAAAAAUGGAAGUAUUUACAGUCAAUUGAGCAAAUGCAAAAUGAGCAAAGUAAUUUGAAAACAAUUAGAGAUCAAAAACUUCAUAGCAAUAUUGAGAAAAUCGAGCAAGCUAGUGAAGAAACACACCAUCAACUUGCAGUUGCCUUUGAAACACAAGAUGCUGAUGAAUUCCCAAAGAUUGUAGAAGCAUUGACAAAGCUUCAUGUUGAACAAAUAGAUGCUGAGCUACAAAAAUCUGUUGAAGAAAGCAAAGACAAGCUUGACUUUAUCAUGAAAAGAAACAACAUUUCUCAACCUAAUUCUGCAAGACUGCGACCAGUUUCCCAUAACAGACCAAAAAGUAAACAAAAGAAGUAACAGAGUAUAAUAUAUAAUAUAUUAGAUACAUGUUUUUAUAAAUCCUAAAAGGUCUCUGAUUUGUGUGCAAUGUCCAAGGGGUUGAUAAAGAUGUUAAUGUUUUUAUAGUAGCAAACAAUAAUGACAUCUGUUGAGAAUAUGUCUUCUUCUAAAGAUGAAAUUUUGUUGCUUUUUGCAUUUACAUACUAACAAAUCUCUAAAGAAAAUUAUUUUCAUAUUUUCUCGAUAACUCAUUUUUUAAUGAAUAAGAGGGUAUGAAGAUGCUUAAAUUCUGUUGAAAAAUAUAGCAGUUACUAUUCUUGUCAAAAUAUA